AUGACAACUGUCUUUUCAGGUCCCACCCAUACCAGGUGCGCCAGCAAGAGCAGCAGCAGGACCAGCAAUGUCUCCUCCGGCGACAGAGAGAGAGAGAGACAGGCUCUAGCACGCAGUCAAGGCCGAGCUAGGGGCACCCGAGUUGAGAGUGGCCCUUCAGAGCCUAUUCUGAGCAAUGACGAUGCUGAGACUAGUGAGGCCGAGGAGGCGACGAGUCAGCAUGCUGAGUCAUCCGAGAGUGGAGACGAUGAUGCUGGCUCAGAAUUUGGGAGUAGGAGUGCGGGUACUAAGGAGGGCUCUGCUGAGGAGGGCUCCGAGGCGAAGAGUAGAGACGGCUCAGGUUCAGACUCUAAUCCAGGUUCAAACAGUGACGUCGAUGGAGAUAGUGUUGUAGAGUCCUCUCCUCCGAAGAAGAGCACAAAGAGGGCUUCUCAAGCCUGA